GGCUUCAUUCUUCUACGGAAUAACCCUUGGCAUGGACUGGGACAUCGAGGUGCAAGGAUAUUUGGUUCAGCGUCGUUUUCUGUUUUCUUUAAGCGAAUGACAACUUGUUUCUGUGUAGCAUAGUGACCGCCUGAUGUUAUUAACCGGCUGAAACGAAGCGCGGUGGACAGCAGACUCGCCAGGCGGCGGUCCGGUGCGCAUCUGCGGUCAGGACAUAUUUUUUGGGGGGCUUUCUUCUCCAAAAGGUUCGCUUUAAUGAUUCGAAAGAGAGGCACACAUGCGAGUGAGCUGCGAAACUCUCCGGCCGUGAUUCAACGAGCACAUGCCACAGAUGAGAGGGAUUAAGAAAGCAAGCGGAACCGCGACUCAUUGCGGAAAAGCCUUUGACUGCAGACUCAUGUGAAAACGCACCGUGGAGAACGUGCUCCGCGGCGUAGAGCCGAGAGAAAACCCCACAAUGUCCAUUCAUAUCGUGGCCCUCGGCAGCGAAUGCCCUGGGGUUGUGGGCCCCGGGGAGGAGGGACCCAUGGGUCAGGGCCAGCUGCAAGGGGGCCUGCUGUGGAGCUACCUGGGCCAGGGCGCAGUGGUGGGACCCCACGACCUGGAGAACAGCCUGCACCACCCGGCCUUCAUGGAGUACACCUCGCAGGUCUUUGGGGAUGUGAGCGUGGUGGUGCGGGACUGCCCCAGCUGGGACCUGCUGGAUAGUGAUUGGGCGAGCGUGCGGAGUGUGCUUGAGCAGGCGGACAUUCUGGUCAUUAAGUACUCUGUAAACGACAAGCUGGCCUUCCAGCAGGUGAGGAAUGGCUACGCGCCCAGACUCCGCCCCCUCCUGAGGCACUGGGGUGUGCCGGUCAUCCUGGUCGCCGUGGGAGCACGUCUGCACGACGAGGGCCCCCCCUGUACUUGUCCCCUGUGUGCCUCCGACUGGAGCAGCUGUGUGCCCCACAGCGAGGGCCUCCAGUUGUCCCGGGACCUGGGGGCCACCUACCUGGAGUUGCCCUCACUCAACCACGUCUUUGUGGGACGCUACUUUGGCAGUGUGCUGGAGUUCUUCAUGAUCCAGUGUCUGAAGCAGAAAGCCAAAGAGAGACCAGAUAAGAGGCGUGUCAAUAAAGUGAAUGAACCACAGCCUCCUCACUUGGAACAACCAGCCCGCCUCCCUCCGAUCCGGGUGGAGGAGUCCAGCUUCUCCCAGGACAUGCAGUGGCUGCUGGAGCGCGGCGUGCAGUUCGCUGACGUGGCCUUCUUCGCCGGGGAUUCUGGGAAGGAGCUGGGCUGGGCGCACGCGGCGGUACUGUGCGCCGUGAGCCCCUACUUCAGACAGCUGCUUCUGGGACCCAAGUCCAGGGAACGACCCCAGUCGAGGUGUAUUUGUCGAGAGCGAGACGGUGGCCCCCACUCUCUGCUUUCAACGUGGGACGGCGGGAUUAUUGACGAUAUGCCGCGGCCAGACGGGCACAUGGUGGGACGCCUCUCUCGCCUGGUGGUAAAGGACCCUCUGCUGUGCCUGUGCCUGUGGGAGACCCUCAUGUUCCUUUACAGAGGAGCGUGGGAAUGGGACCACCUCCAGGAGGCCCUGGUGGAGAAGCUGAAGAACACCCUGGCUGUGGCACAGCUCAUGGAGCGCAUCCGCUCCUUCGUUGGCAUGGACAAGGCCUCCAGGGAGACCCCCAGUGCGCGGGCGGCAGUCCUUGGCCCCCAGACCCUCGUCAGUCUCUUUAAUUCUCCCCUCUACUCUGACGUCAUCUUCAUGGUGCAAGGCAAUGUGUUGCCAGCCCACAGAGCGGUACUGGUGGCGCGCUGUGAUGUCAUGGCGGCCAUGUUUAGUGGAAAGUACGCAGAGGCUCGGAGCCGAGUGGUGCCGAUCCACGGAGUCUCCUCAGACACCUUCCUCUCCUUCCUGGAGUACCUCUACACUGACACCUGCUGUCCUGCCAGUGUGCUGCAGGCCAUGGCCGUGCUCGUCUGUGCCGAGAUGUACCAAGUGAAGCGCCUGCAGCAUCUGUGUGAGGUGUGCGUGUGUGCCUACCUUCAGAGCAUGCCCAGCAGGGAGCUGGCAUCCACCGGUAUCAGUGUGAUCCGGCUUCUCCGCCGUGCAAAGUGUCACAACGCCGAGCAGCUCUAUGUAUGGCUGCUCCACUUCAUCGCCAACAACUACCUGAUCUUCAGCCACAAAGCAGACUUCCUGGAGCUCUCGGAAGAGGAGAGGGACCAUGUGGAGAGGUUGCGUUGGCCGUCCCGGGGAUACCUGCAGGAGCUCAGCGAGUACCAGCAGAGGAGACGCAAGCUACGCAAGUCCCGCUGCACGGUCAUGUGACGGCCCCCUCCGACACACACACACACACACCCUGUGGAAUACACGGGAAGGGGGGGGGCAGGGUGGAGGGGGGGGGCACCAAACAUGAGAACAUAUCAAGAACAUUGGUUUGGGAGAGAAGACGGCAGGGAUAGCAAUAUUAUGGGCUGCGGUACUGGCUGCUUGGGGAUUUCUGCUGGACGGCGGCCGGAGUGCGGCGAAGCAGAGA